AUGCCCAGCAUUGUCCGAUUUGGCCGGGCCAAGAAACCACCUAAACCAGAAAUCAAGAAUACUAACGACGAUGCGCAUGGAUCACCUACGUCAGAUACAUUUCAGCCUCCCCGUGUCAAUCUGGUACAUGUGGAAACAGAUCUGAAUAUGCACCAGUACAAUGGAUUGUUUGAGCUGGACUCACCCGAGCGACAAAAGCUUUCGAGCGCUGUGGAGUCCUCUGCGGAUACAAUGACGCUCUCCUCAAGUCCCACGAACGGAUCCUCCCACCCUCCGAACGGCGAACCGACUGCGGAAUGGUCCUCAGCCGUCGGUCAUGCGGCGACGGGCAAAUCAGGACGUGUCAUACACAAUUUACAGGAGGAAAUAGCGCGUUUAACCCGCGAAUGCACACUUUACCGGUCUCGUGCUGAGGAAACUCAGCGAAUGAAUGAUGCCUACAAGACACAGGUGCAGAAUAUGGCCGACCGUCUUCGGAAUCUCGAGCACUCGAACGAAAUGAACCUCCAUUCACUCGCACGGAAGGACAAGAAGAUAGAGGAGCUACGCGCAGAAAUUCAGAACGAAAAAGAUCGACGAGGACAGGCGGAGAACGAGACAAAGAAAUUCCACAAACUGAUGGACGAGGCGCAGGAUGAAUUCCAUCGGAAGUGCGCGGAGUUGCACGAAAUCUCUCAUCACUCAAGAACCCAAUAUGAUGUCCUCGCAAAAUCGACACAACGAGAGCGGACGGACCAAGAACGAAGACUCAAAAAUAUCCGGGAUGAAUUUACUGCAUUAAAAGAGAAGCACGAAGAGACCAAUUCACACUUAGAACACCUAGACUCCAUUAUGGCAGAAAAGGACCGGGAGAUUGAAGCUGCAAAAGAAAAUUUUGAGAAUCUAUUCACGAAGUACGAGACAUACAGGAAAACGCAUGAUGAGGAGGUGAGGUCAUUGAUUGACCAGAGCCAGCAGGGGGAGGACAGGUUCAACGCUGCUCUCGCCUCUCUAAAGGAGACCGAGGGACAGAUGAAAUGGAUCAUGCAAGUCAAACGAGAGGUCAAAAGUGCGGAAUAA